AUGUCCCUCUCCCCACAGGCAAGGGCAACCCCAUCUCCCACAGGCAAGGGCAGGUAUCCUCCCCCACAGGCAAGGGCAGGCAAGGGCAGGUAUCCCCCUCCCCACAGACAGGGUAGCAUCCCUCCUCCCAAAGGCAGGGACCCUCCCCCAGGCGGGGCAGGUAACCCCUCCCUCCCACAGGCAAGGGCAGGCAAGGGCAGGCAACCCCCCACAGACAAGGGCAGGUAUCCUCCCUCCCACAGGCAAGGGCAGGGUAACCCCCCCUCCAGGCAAGGGCAGGCAGGGCAGGUGUCCCCCUCCCUCCCCAGGCAAGGGCAGGUGUCCCCCCUCCCCACAGGCAGGGGCGUGUCCCCUCCCCCACAGGCAGGGCAGGUAUCCCCCUCCUCCCAGGCAAGGGCAGGUAUCCCCUCCCCACAGGCAAGGGCAGUGUCCCCCUCCCCACAGGCAGGCGGAUGGCUUAUUGGGACAUCGGUUGGCUUAUUGGAACACGGGAUGACUUAUUGGAACACGAGAUGGCUUAUUGGAACACAGGAUGGCUUAUUGGAACACGGGAUGGCUAUGGGACAGGGAUGGCUUAUUGGAACACGGGAUGGCUUAUUGGAACAUUGA